GUAGCGCACCGAUCAUCGUCUGUAGAGUUCACCGCGGAAAAUCAUCAUCGAGCUGACAAGCUCGGAAGAAAAGAAGGAAAAAAAUUGAAGAAAGCCUGCGUCUCGUAUUGAGCAGGGAAAACCACGCGUCUCUUGGGUUGGUUUGGAGAAAAAUCGGAAAACAGCAAUAUUGUUGCGCGCUUGCUUGCGGUUUAUGCUGGUGGUGGGCGAGAGCGGGAUAAUUUGAAACAGAACGAACCGUACUCUAGACAGUGGCCGCACACCGAAUUCUGCGAUCAGUCGGUGCUUUUGGUUCGUGUCGAAACCACCAGAACUCGGACUCGGAUUUCGAACGGGCAAAACAGGACGACGCGUUGCCGUUUCUAGUGUGUGAAGGACUUUUGACUGCAGCCAACAGCUAUCUGCAAGUGAUUCUUUUUGUUUUGUGAACGCAUAGUUACCAGAACCAACAAACACAAUGGAUGAUCUUCCACCAGAACAGGUCGCAAUCCUGCAGAAGGCCUUCAACAGCUUCGACCGCGAAAAGACUGGCAGCAUCUCGUCUGAAACGGUCGGUGAAAUCCUCCGGCUGAUGGGACAGCCCUUCAACAGCAAAAUCCUCGAGGAGAUGAUUGAAGAGGUUGACGAGGACAAGUCCGGCCAGAUUGAGUUCAGUGAGUUCAUCACGUUGGCGGCCAAGUUCAUCGUUGAGGAGGACGAGGAGGCUCUGCAGAAGGAGCUGCGAGAGGCGUUCCGUCUGUACGACAAGGAAGGCAACGGCUUCAUCCCAACCUCCUGCCUGCGCGAAAUCCUCCGAGAGCUGGACGAUCAGCUGACCGACGAGGACCUGGACAUGAUGAUCGAUGAGAUCGAUUCCGACGGCUCGGGAACGGUUGAUUUUGAUGAAUUCAUGGAGAUGAUGACUGGUUAAGCUAGUUGCAACGCCCCGAAACGUUUUGUAUUCAACCAACUUCCUCAUCCCAACCACGCAAAAACAUUUUUUACUUUUUCUACCCUAUUUUAAACGUUAACUUUGUUUUUCUUUGUAAAGCAUACACGCACAUAUUCAUCAGAAGGAGAAAAAAAGAUGUGGGAGUUUUAAACGACGUUAUCCCACACACAUGUUAUGAAUGUACUGUUAUUCAACGUCACUUUGUUUAGCGAUAGCAAUUUUAUUCUAUAUACGUUUAUACGAUAACGGAACUCCUGGAGCAUGAAGGACUUCCUGACUUCUAGUUCAUCAAUUCGUUUGUUAAACUUGUUUUUUUUAUAAAGCGUACAUAAACAAUGUUGCGGACAAGCCUAUUAGUAUUUUAAUUUGAACACACUUUAAAAAUGAUCUGUUUUUAAACUAAAUUAUGUAGCAUUGUUUCUCUGCGUAAGAAUUGUAUGAUCAUUUUCAAUCUUCUGCAUUAUUAAUGUUUAAUAAUAAAGAAACCGAGUUAAACAAGAAA